AGAACUACUCCUGUAAUGUAACAUAAAUGUUAAUACUGUAUAGCUCAAAAAAAAGAUAUUACUUGAAAAGUGAUCAGAAAUCAUGGCUAUUCAGUUCACGUUUUAUGCAGCUCCUUGUGAUGAACAUUGGUUCAUAGGGUGGAAAGAAUCAAACUGCACUUAGACGCAGACAUGCGAUACUUGUCUUUCCGCUGAUGUAAUGCACAAAUGGUAUUUUUUUGUGACGUGUAUGUCGCUUUGGAGAAAAGUGCUAAAUGAAUAAGUGUACAUUUAAACCGCAACGGCAUAGAUCUCGUCACCUUAACAGAGUGAAAGAGGCGUGUCCUUGUGGAGACAUGAAAACACAUCUGCAGGUCGUGUGUAGUUAAAGUAAAACCGGCUGGAGGCAUCAUAGUCUCUGCUGAUCACUUUGAACUGCAGAUAGUUUUCUGUGUGGACGCAGCAGGCGAAAGAGGGAUGUAAAAAAAAAAAAACUGGGACGGGCUGCAUUUAGCAGUUGGGGGGAGUUACCUGUACGAGUUCUCCUGAGCGACUUUCCACGGAGAUCUCCGCUUGGCGAGGAAAGGGAAGUGUAACUCGCGAAUGUCAAAGCUACUGUGUCACAAACCAGGGCGGAGAAUUUCUGAACGACUGACCCUACAUGCUGGUCCACACAUGAAGGCAGGACAAAACAUGGUAAUAAACCGACUGGUCAAGAAUAAAUGGCGGUCAGUUAAAUCCACUGAGCACAACUGAUGAGCAAGAGGUGUAAUUUGUUAUGAUUUAAAGAAAAGUUUGAAGUAACAAAAAGAGGGCCAUAGAAAUGUAAUGUAAUUUUUUUUUUUUUUCCUUUUCUUUUCAAAUGAACUUGUCAGAGUAAAAGUGUGGAUGCAGGAAAACACUUGAAGUUUUCUUACACUUUUCUUGAAGUUUCCUUAAAUACAAGUAACAAGUGAUAUUUUUUCCAUUACUACCCACCACUAUAAAUUAUUACCCAUCAGACUGGGGGGAAAAAAAAGGGCCCAGGUAUAGGAAUGGGGCCACUUGUGGGAAGGGUGAUUAGCUGCACUGGGGGGGGGGGGAAAAAAAAGUAAUCAACUAAAUGAGUAAUAAGAAAUAGUACAAGCCUUCUGCUCACCUUCCCUGCUGCCUCUCUGCCCUUUCCUGGAUCUACUGCUUUCCCCAGCAUUCCUCUCAAGCACACGUGCGAAGUACGUCCAUACCCAUGGGGCAAGAGACAUCGCUGCCAAACUCCGAAAGUCGCCCUUCUCCCUUUCAGGGUCUCCAAGUGUGCUGCGCGCUCUCUUUCCGGCCUCGCCGCGUUUCCCUCGUUGACGACCCUCUGGCCGCUGACCCUGCAGUAUGACCUCUCCUCACUCCUUUAGGUUGUCCUCGCUCUAUCAAUUGCGGAUAUUACCACCUUUAGUAACCACUGCCUUCACACCUCCUCCACCUACUGCUUCUGCACACCCACUCGGAGACAUCUGUAAUCUGCCUGCUGAUGGGGCCACAUCCUCUUUUCACUUCUGAGGCAACACCGGACUGUCGAAGGGGUUGGAGGAUGUCGCUCUGCAACCUAACAGCCGAAAGCUCGUGCAACGCUAGCUUGGCAGAAGAGCCCCACAGGAUCGCGCUGCUCACCGUAUACAGCGUUGUACUGUUAGGUGGCAGCACUGGCAUCGUGCUCAUGAUCAGCAUCCUGAAAUCCAGCCUGCGGUCCCUCACCACCAUUGCGAUGCUCAACAUAAUAGUCGUGCACCUGCUUUUCCUGUGCACGGUGCCCUUCCGCAUGUACUACUACGUCGAGAACCGGUGGCGGCUUUCUCAGGGCUUCUGCAAGGUGGUCAGCGGUACGAUCCACGGACACAUGCACAUCGCCUUCCUCUUCUACACGAUCAUCCUCUCGAUCCGCUACCACACCUUCUACCGGGCCGUGGACCAGCUGGAGUUCUACCGCAAGCUGCAUGCGGUGGGGGCCAGCCUCGUAGUGUGGGCGAUGGGUCUGGCCAUAGGCUUCCCGGUGCUCUUCUUUACGUACAGUUCGAACUCGACCGCGGAGGAGAAGUGUUUCAAAUUCGGGAGGCAGCUGGAGCUGGAUGUGGGGGUGCGGAUCCUGAACUACAUCGUCAGCUUUCUGCUCGUCGUCGUGGCCGUCGCCCUCGCCUGCUGCCAGGCGCACAUCUUGUGGCGCAUCUUCAGGAGGUACGGGGCCACUAUGUACACUCAGCAGGAGUUUGGGGCCCAGAAGAAGAGCCUGUGCUUCAUGCUCGUGAUAAUGGUCUGUUUCGUCCCGUACCACGUCUUCCGCAUUUACUACGUGAGUCACUCCGCGCACCUUGAAGACGCCAACGAGGUGUUUCUCUCCUUGACUGCGCUCAGCUGCUUGGACACGCUCACUUUCCUCGACCGGGGCAUGUUCUGCAUCUGAGCUGCUGCCUCCGUGGACGCGGUGACGAUCAAAUACGUGCAGCAAUGCGCUGGCAAAAGUUUUGGUAUGAUUCUGCAUCCAACGUGACCCACGUGCUCUGGAUUCGCCGUAGCGCGCGCGGGCUUUUCUAGAAAAUGAACGUACGAGUGAUUUAAAUAGAGUUCUUGCUUCAAGGAAUUGUGCACCGACACCGCAGUUCACCGUUUGGACAAUCGGUUCUAGUCAUAUCCAUCUCGAUGAAAUGUGCAAAUGGAGAACAGUGUCACUGCAGUCUUCGCAGUCAUCUGUGUCAUUCUGACAUGCUCUGCAUCCAUCCGUUGUCAACAACCGCUUGUCCGGAGCGGGAUCGCGGCGAGCCGGAGCCUUACCUGGCAACGCAGGGCGCGAGGGGGGAGGG